CGUCUCUUUUAUAUUUUGCGGCGUCUGAAACUGAGUUACACGGCGGUUCACGUUUCUUUCUUUCAUUUUUGUUUUCUUGUUCAGACCGAAAAAUAAAAUAAAUAAAAUUCCUUUGGUUGGAAUUGCAAACUGGCGAAGUGACCCACUUGUCUUCAAAGGGGUUCUCUUUUUAUUCCCCCCACCACAAAAAUUAAACAAUGGGUGUGGUGGUUGUACAAUAGUAAAAACUCUCUAAAAAUGUCACUUCCAAAGAGCAUCUGAAAGAAAGAAACAGUAGUAAAUAGUUUUGAUUCUUGUUGUUGGGCGUUGUUGUUGUUGUUGGUUCACAGUAAGUAAAAGCUUCAGUCUUAAGAGAGAGAGAGAGAGUUGUUGUCUGAACGAUGUCACUUUCUGUCGGCAUUGUCUGCGUCCCAACACAAUACUUAGUUCGAGAAGUUGCUGCAAAGAUUUGAUGUUUCAAACCUCUUCUCCAUCUUCCAUUUUCACACCCAAAUCUUCUUCUUUUUUUUUCAUUUUCCUGGGUUUGAUUAUUGAAUCUGCCAAAAAAGAUUUGAUCUUUCUCACAUUGAAUGUUGUUGUGGGGGAAUCAACGCAGUUAUUCGCCGAUGAAGUAGAGAGUUUCUUUUCCUGAAGAUCUGUCAAGGGCUAUCGCAUGGUUGUAGUAGUAGUAGCUUGGAGCAUCGGAGAGACCGUCUUUGUUACCAAAUGUCAGCAAUUCCUGCAGCAGCCAUUGGUGGUGCUGUUGGAGCUCUUGUCUUGAUUGCUAUUUCGUUUUUUCUCAUAUGGUUUUGCAUCUUUCGCCGCAAGAAUGCGUCAAGAACUUCUGAUGAGACAGGCUCUUCUGAUCCAUCAACUCAAGGAAGAAACGUUGCGAUUGAGUUGUCAAUGAGAGAAGCUAGAAGGUUCGAAAUGGAGGAGCUUGCUCAAGCCACCAAGAGUUUCACCAACAAAAGCCUUAUCGGUAUUGGCAAGUUCGGAGAGGUUUACAAAGGUCUGCUUCAAGACGGUGUUCUUGUCGCCAUCAAGAAAAGACCCGGCUUGCCUACACAAGAGUUCGUCAACGAGGUUCGUUAUCUAUCGUCUAUCAAUCAUCGUAACCUUGUAACUCUUUUGGGUUAUUGCCAAGAAAGCAACACGCAGUUUCUUGUCUACGAGUAUGUUCCUAACGGAAGUGUUUCCAGUCACCUGUACGGUGCUGGUGGUAAAGUACCUGGAAACAGGCUAGAGUUCAGAAACAGGCUUGCCAUAUCUAUAGGAGCAGCUAAAGGCUUGGCACAUCUCCACUCGCUGAGUCCUAGACUGAUACACAAGGACUUCAAAACUGCUAAUGUUCUUGUGGACGAGAACUUCAUUGCUAAAGUUGCGGAUGCAGGAGUCCGUAAUUUCUUGGGAAGAGAGGAUGUUGGUACAUCUUCUCACGUUGUUGCAGACCAGAUCUUCCUCUCCCCUGAGGUUCAAGAGUUCAGAAGAUUUUCAGAGAAAAGUGAUGUAUAUGCUUUUGGGGUGUUCCUCUUGGAGUUAGUAAGUGGAAGAGAAGCAUCAGAACCAUCCCCUUCAAGCUCAACACAAACUCUUGUCGAAUGGGUAAUGUACUAUGUAAUCACAGAGAAUGUUGAUAAUGAAGUGUAUUCUGAAUCUCACUUAUUGAUUUGCAGAUGCAAAACAUAACGGAUUACACUGAGAUACCAGGAAUGAUUGAUGAGAGACUAGGUGGUACAUACACAGCAGAAGGAGUGGAGGAGGUUAUUACACUGACAUUAACAUGUCUUGAUGUCUCAAGCGAGAAGAGACCAACAAUGAGUUAUGUUGUGACAGAGCUGGAGAGGAUAUUGGACAAAGAAGUGAGCUUGACAACAGUCAUGGGUGAAGGUACUCCUACUGUUACUCUUGGAAGUCAGCUUUUUAAAUGAUCAAAAAAUUACAUUUAUAUAUACAUAUAUAUAUAUUUAAGAGGAGGAUGAAGGAGAAGACUGAUCAGCUGUUUAUGUUAAGUGUAUAAAGAACAGCUGAGCUAUUAUUAUUUGUUUGUUUGUUUAUUUCCUCCUUUUUUUCUACUUCCUUUGGAGGUUAUUUUCAGCAAUUUUUUUAAAAAAUGAGUGCAGAAAAUAUAACUUUGUAAAAAACAUUAUUUAUUGAUGAUAUAAAAAGGAAGCAAUGAGUGUGGAAUGUUGUGUGA